UCUUUCUAUACCGCCCCAGCUAAAAUCAGUCCUGUGGGACUGAUGACUUCAAAAUCGAAUUGUGAAACAACCACUGGUCGUCUCGCAGGCUAUAAAAGCUCAAAAUACGGCUUUUGAAUCAGCCAAUCAGAUUCAAGUAUUUUCGUUUCCGUGUGAGUUGUAGAUUCGGGCCAGCAACAUCACAAACAUUCAAAAAACAAAAUGGCGAAGGCUGGAAGCUCAAGGAGAAUUUCUCUUGAAGAUGCUGUCAAUUAUAUGCUUGAAACUGAUGAUUCUGACAUCGAUUCAUGUCAUGGGGGCCUCAGUAGUGACGAAGAAGAAAGAAUAGAUAAUGCUUUAUUGGGUUACUACUCGGAUUGGGAUGAAAAUGAUCCAAAUGCUGAUGUUGAAAGCAAUCUUGUCGGUCGCUCAUCACCGCCUCCUUCUUCACCGCCACCGCCGCUGUCCACAAACUCGACUGAAACGUUGAACAAUGAAAGUCAAGUAACUGCUCUAAAUUCUGCUGUUUCUCUAACAUUCUGUGCCAAUAAUAAUGUUCCUGACCAUGCCACAGUCACUAAUGAGCCCAGUACGAGAAUUUCUCGUCGCACGCGCCGUCCUCGAAAACAGGUUAUUGAUUUGGGGUCAACCGAUGAUGACUGCGAUAACAAAGAAAACAUUUGCGAGAAACAUACCUCUACAAAAAAAGGUAAAAAGAAGCCAGCUAACAAGAAACCAGCCAAUAAGAAGCCAGCUAAUAAGGAGCCAGUAGCACAUAAGAAUACCAAGAGUUAUGAUGAUCCAGAUACUCCAAACAUUCUACCAGAUUUUACUUGUUUUUUGCUUGUUUUUCGAGAGGCUGUUAUCAGGCAACUAACCAGUAUGGAAGAGUAUGCAGAUCCUCCUGUUUACAAUAACUUCCAAGCUCCCAUUGAUAAGAGAUAUAACACUGAACAUAUGCCGGUAUUCACCGAAGAGAAACGAAAUUGUAAAGUCUGUUACGCAGAGUUGAAGAAGCAAGUCCGUGUUUACACGAAGUGUUCUGCUCCACAAUGUGAUGUUUAUUUGCACUUUACAAAAGAAAAUAAUUGUUUUCAGAAGUGGCAUACAACAUUCAAACACUAGGAAAAACAUUCAUUUGUGCAAAUUUUCUUUUGUUUGUAUUCCUGUUCUUUAUUAGGAUUUGAACCGAUUAUUCAUCGGUUUACGAUAAUUCUCUAAAUAGGAGGAGGCUGCUUCAUGUGACCAUAUCUCCGGAACUAAUUGUCUUUUGGACGUGAAAUUUUUUGCAAGGUGUCAGAAUUUUAAUGGGGUACAACUUUGUUAGCAAAAAUAUCACUCUAAAACCAAGUGGAAGUCAUUUUUUGAUCAAAUAAUUCAUUUUUACGCACAAUUUUGAAGAAAUUUUCACAGCUUUUCCGCCAUUAUGGAUUUCAAUGGGUUUAGAUUUUCUUUUUUUUCUUCAAAAUUAAAUCUUUGAUACAUUACCUUUCUUUUGAGGGGUCAUUGACUUUCUAGGAACUAGUAAGUAUUAUGUUAUUAGACUUUAUUUAGGGUACACUUUUCCAUUUUUUAUGAAUAUUUUACGGUUACAUUUUUACUAAAAUAAGAAACCGGCUUAGUUUGACCAUAUCUCCGGAACUAAUAGUCCUUUGGACCUGAAAUUUUUUGCAAAGUGUCAGAAAUAUAAUGGGGUACAACUUUGUAAGCAAAAACAUCACUCUAAAACCAAGUGGAAGUCAUUUUUUGAUCAAAUAAUUCAUUUUUACGCACAAUUUUGAAGAAAUUUUCACAUCUUUUCCGCCAUUAUGGAUUUCAACCGGUUUAGAUUUUCUUUUUUUUUUCACAAUAAAAAUCUUUGAUACAUUACCUUUCUUUUGAGGGGUCAUUGACUUUCUAGGAACUAGUAAGUAUUAUGUUAUUAGACUUUAUUUAGGGUACACUUUUCCAUUUUUUAUGAAUAUUUUACGGUUACAUUCUUACUAAAAUAAGAAACCGGCUUAAUUUGACCAUAACUCCGGAA